GUACCAAAAUCUCAACCUAUUCCCUCUUUCUUUCCUUUCCUCGUAGGAAAAUGGAGUCAUCUAAAAUAACAUGUCUUCUUUUCAUUUCCAUGCUUUUCCUUUCUUCAUUCACUCCCAUUCUUGGUUGUGGAUAUUGUGGAAAACCCUCUCACAAACCCAAAAAGCCCAAAACUCCCUCUCCAAGUAUUAAACCCCCUAUCAAUUUGCCACCCAUUGGAAUUCCACCAGUGACAGUUCCACCGAUUGUAAAACCACCCAUCAACUUGCCACCCGUUGUUCCACCAGUUAUUAAGCCGCCUAUCGGAAUUCCACCAGUGACAGUUCCACCAGUUGUAAAACCACCCAUCAAUUUGCCACCUGUUGUUCCACCAGUUAUUAAGCCACCUAUCGGAAUUCCACCAGUGACAGUUCCACCGGUUAUUAAACCUCCUAUCAACUUGCCACCCAUUAUUCCACCAGUUAUUAAGCCACCUAUCGGAAUUCCACCGGUGACAGUUCCACCAGUUGUUAAGCCACCAAUUGGUAUACCACCUAUUGUAAAACCUCCUAUCAACUUGCCACCUAUAGGAAUUCCGCCAGUGACAGUUCCACCAAUUACUGUUCCUCCAGUUACACCAUCCCCAAAAGGAAAACCAUGCCCUCCACCAACAACAACAAAGGCAACAUGCCCAAUUGACACACUAAAACUUGGAGCUUGUGUAGAUCUUCUUGGUGGGCUAGUUCAUAUUGGAAUUGGUGAUCCCGCCGUUAAUGAAUGUUGUCCAAUUCUACAGGGACUUGUGGAACUUGAAGCUGCUGCUUGCCUUUGCACAACACUUAAAGUCAAGCUUCUUAACCUUAAAAUCUAUGUCCCUCUUGCUCUUCAGCUCCUUGUUACCUGUGGGAAGACUCCACCACCUGGCUACACUUGCUCUCUCUAGAUUUAAGGUUCCAAGCUAAGAUUUGAAGGAUUAAUUGCCUGGAUCGACAUGAGAGGAUGUCGAGUUUCUUGAUUUAUUUUCUCUUCCUCUUCCCUCAAAAUUGUAUCUUUGUGGAUUGUGCUAUUGUUGAAUAGCGAUUUAUUUAUGAAAUUAUUUCAGUGUAUUAUUGUUUCAAUGUCAUUUGUUGCAAAGAAGUGAAGAACCAAGUAAAUUUUUAUCUUUAAGUGGA